AUGGCUAGAAUGAAGCAACUACAGGAAGAACUUAAAUUAGCUAAUGAGUUCAACAAAAAGCUCCUUCAGGAACAGGAGGAGAGUGAGCAGGAGAUUGAGCGUGUUGUAAGAACAAACACAAGCCUCAAAAAUCAGCUAGCCAAUCAAGAUGUCGAGUAUGAAGACCUGCAAGGACAACGAGAUGAACUCCAGGCAGUCGUAGAAAGGUUCCAGCAUUGCCAAGAGAUACAUGAGCAGGCAUUACAACGCAUCCGGGACCUCGAGCAGCAACUGCAGGAGUCGGAUUCAAAACGGUAUUGCAAGUAUUGCUCCGGGAACUCCGCUCCGGCUGAAAACAAUUUAAGUAUAUUUGCUGAAUUUAAUAGCUUCGAUUUAGAUGUGGUUCAUGACAGUGCACCGUGCUCCCCAAUGAAGGACCAUGUAGAUUUAAAGGAGUCUGUGCACUUAGAGGGCGGCAGUGAUCCCAGAAUCCAUCGAGCGGGUACCCGGUGUGUAUGGACUCGCCUGCGCCUGCUCGGCGGCGCCCCGCCGCGCCGCACUCGCCGGCGCUCCGUGCCGCGCUGGCGGCGCCGGGGUCGCCCGCGCUGCGUGCCUUGUUCGCGCCGCGCCCGAGCCCCGCGCCCGCGCCCGCGCCCGCGCCCGCGCCCUCUCCGCGCCGCGAGCCCAGAGCCCGCCGCCCGCCGCCCUGUCCCGCCGAGCCCCGCCGUCGCCGCGCCGGCUCCGUCGCCGCCGAGCCUCCUGCGGCUGGCUCUCGAGCGGCUGACCGUCGAGCCUGAGCCGCGGUCGCCGGCCCCGACACCGUCGAGCCUCCUGCGGCUGGCUCUGGAGCGGCUGACCGUCGAGCCUGAGCCUCGGCCGCCGGCCCCGUCGCCGGCGCGCGCGUCGAGCGCGGCGCCCGCCCCGGCGCCCGGCGCUCCGCGCGCUCGGAGCCGGGACCCUCCGCGGUCGACGGUCAUCUAUUCUGACGCAAUUGGGGCCGGCCUCGGCGUGCUGCUGGGUGAAUGUCUCCGGCAAAGUGUAACAAAUGUGUGCUUGCGUGGUGCCUCCGUCGAAUCGGUCGUGCGCCGCCUGGCGAGGGACAAGUUUGACAGUGGCACCACUCUGAUUAUACACCUCGGCGAUAGUGUGGUGGCAACGGUGCCGGCCGCGCGGCGAGCGCCGGCGCGUGCGCAGCCUCCCCGCGGGCCGCCCACAGCAUUUAAACUGACGGCUGAGACAGCGGAGAGGCCCCGUGAGCUUAGGACCUCGGCUCAAGCAGGCAGGGUCACUACCGACUGA